CCCGCGGGCCGGCACCAUGGGCCGCUGCUCGGGCCGCUGCACGCUCAUCUUCGUCUGCACUUUCCAGCUGGUCACUGCGCUGGAGCGGCAGGUGUUCGACUUCCUGGGCUACCAGUGGGCGCCCAUCCUGGCCACCUUCACCCACAUCGUCGUGGUCGUCCUGGGCCUCUUCGGCACCAUCCAGUACCGGCCCCGCUACGUCGUGGUGUACGCUGUGUGGGCAGUCGCCUGGAUCACCUGGAACGCCUUCAUCGUCUGCUUCUACCUGGAGGUAGGGGGCCUCUCCAAGGACAGCGAGCUCCUGACCUUCAACCUCUCCAGGCACCGCUCCUGGUGGCGUGAGCAUGGCCCAGGCUGUGUGCGCAAGGAGCCGGCAGCCGGCUUGGGCCCCCCGGGUGGCCAGGCCCUGGUGCCAGGCAUCAGCUGCGCCCUGGAGCACAGCUACGUGGAGGCCCUGCACAGCGCCCUGCAGAUCCUGGAGGCGCUCGUGGGCUUCGUCUGUGCCUGCUCUGUGGUCAGCGCUUUCACGGAGGAGGAGGACAGCUUUGAUUUCAUUGGUGGAUUUGAUCCAUUUGCUCUCUACCAUGUCAAUGAAAAGCCUUCCAGGCUCUUGUUCCAGCAGACAUCCCUGCCUGCGUAAGUAAGAGCAGCCAUUGCCCUCCUGCGACCUCUGGCCUCGGCGACCCACCGCACACAAGGAGACGCCAGGCAGCAGGACUCCCUGCGCCUUCCCGCCCCACGGCCCUGCAGGUGCCCCAGCAAGUGACCAGAUGUGAGCCAGGGCGGCAGAGUGGCCCGGGGCUGGAGCGGCGGCACCCUCGAAAGAGCUUGUUUCCCUUUUUUAAAAAAAAAAUGAAAAGAAAAGACACAAGAGAAAACCUCAGCCCCCGGCCUCCGGCGGCGCUGGUCUCACACUCGACCUGCAGCCGGCCUGGGGCUGCUGUCCAGGGCAUCCCUCCCGCGGUGCCCUGCUGGGGACGGGGCUGGCCCAGGGACUGCGAGAUGUGGGAAGCGUGACCCCCAUCCGAGCGCAGGUUCCGGAUUGAACACCCAGGUGCUGCAGCCAGUGGGACCCUGGGUGGGGGCUGGGCUUGCCCGCGAGCCCACAAGACAAGGGCCUCCUGGGGGGAUCACGGGUCAGUGUUCGAGCCCACGGGAAAAACAUGUUCCAGAGCCUCUGUAGGCACCCGCAUAUUCAGGAGAAGAGGGACCUUCCCUCCGACCACCUCGCCUACACGCAGGAGCUUGGUGAACAAUUACAAGUUCAGAUUCAGAUGCGGCC